AUGCGCAGCUUCCUACUUCUCCUCGUCCUCACUCUCGUGGCAAUUACGAGCAGCAAUGCUUUCAUGCCAAGUCGUCCCCAGCUUAAGGUGUCAAAGCCGGAGCUGGAACAAGCCACUCCGUGGAGAACCGAUGACAAGCGCUUUCUUCGAGCUUCGGGUGAAGUCGAUGAAGAACGCGGAUUCUCGGAUCUUGCAGCAAAGCUGAAGGCAUGGCUGCAAAAAUUUAAGUCAUGGUUUACCAAAUCGAAGCCGGUUACGGCAGCCACGACGAAGUAUGAGAAGGUGGCUGAGAAGGUAGCGAUUAAGUACCAGUCGUUGAUGUACAAGAGUGAAGUGGCGAAGGCAGAAGAUCUGAUCAAGAAGGGCGUCAUGAAUGACGAUCUGUACAAGAACAAGAUCAGCCCAGAAGCGUACUUUGACGCGAUGAAGCUGGACCCGAAGCUCAAAUUUAUUUCUGAUUCGGCUGUUGCCAGGGCGAACAACCCCAACUUGGAGAAGUUUUUCACGUACUCUCUCUUCUGGACCAAGAAGAAUGAGGUCACAAAGGCUGAAGGUCUGAUCAAGAAGGGCGUCAUGAACGAUGUUCUGUACCAGAACAAGAUCAGCCCGGAGACGUACUUCGACGCGCUAAAGCUGGACCCGAAGCUAAGAUUCGUUUCGGACUCGGCGGUUGCGAGGGCGAACAAUCCCAACUUGGAAAAGUUUUUAUCGUAUACUAGCUUCUACAACAAAAGCCAGGCCGGCAAGAGAGAAGUCGCAAAAGCGGAAGAUCUGAUCCAAAAGGGCGUUACGGAUAAAGUUCUACUCAAGAACCAGAUUAGUCCAGAAGCGUAUUUUGAGGCGCUGAAGCUGGACCCGAAGCUCAAGCUCAUCGCGGAUUCGGCAGUGGCGAGGAAGAACAACCCAGACUUGGAGAAGUUUUACACGUAUGCUACCAAGUACUACAAUAGUCUGGCUGGCAAAUAG